UUUAUAUGAUUUCCAUAUAUUCUUUCCGCCCAAACGGUCAACGCUAUGUUUCCAUGAGUAGCAAUUAUCGAUCAGAUGCGUUUCUGUCAGGAAGCACACAUUACCCUUCGUUACUCUAAAGAUUUGCGCACGCGCUCGUUCGAACACAACUCUAGUCGGUGCAUCGUUCGCCGCAGUCAGUGCACUUUGCGCCUCCGCGAAGCAAUCAUGACGUACUCUGAGCGUAUACCGACGAGUAUGAAAUUCACAUAUCAAAGUAAUAACGAUUACAGUCUUCAGCUUACACGUUGGUUUCUAAUGCCGAUCGCAGCAUGGCCACGAGCGAGCACGUCGACGACGGUGGAGAAAGUCUCCCUGCAAGCCCACGUUCUCGCUUGCUUGUUCCUCAUAGCGAUCGUCAUGGUGCCAUGCUUGUUGUACGUGUCGUUGGAAGAGAAAGACGUCCAGAUGAAGUUGAGCGUGAUGGGUCCAUUGAGCCACUGGAUCAUGGGUACGAUUAAUUAUUGGCUGCUCCUUGCGCGCAGCGACGACAUCCGCAAAUGCGUGCAGCACAUGGAGACGGACUGGAGAUUGAUUUACAGAACCGACGAUCAGAACGUGAUGCUGCGAUACGCGAAGAUCGGCCGUUUCGUCGCCGGAUUUUGCGCGGUAUUUAUGCAGAGCGGGACGUUCCUCUUCACCAUAGCCAAGGCGAUGACAUCUGUGCCCAUCGUUGUCGGAAACGAGACCAUGUUGAUGCACCCAAUGACUUGUCCGAUAUACAGCAAAUUCAUCGAUACAAGAUUCAGCCCCGUGAACGAGAUCAUGUUAGCCGUGGAGUUGCUGUCGUGUUUUAUAGUGAAUUCAAUCACGGUGGGCGCCUGCAGCCUCGCGGCGGUUUUCGCGAUGCACGCUUGCGGUCAGCUGAGCAUGUUGUUCUCAUGGUUGAAUAAUCUUGUCGCGGAAGACGAUAAGGGAAACGAUUUUGCUGAACAGAAGCUGGCCACUAUCGUGGAGCAUCAUUUAAGGGUGCUGAGUUUUAUAUCGCGCAUGGAGAAUAUCAUGCAAAACAUCUGUCUUGUGGAAUUGGUGGGAUGCACGAUGAAUAUGUGUUUACUUGCGUAUUAUUCUAUUACGAAUUGGAGUGAUUUUGAUGCAGCAAAAAUAACAUCUUACAUUAUCGUAUACAUAUCUAUGGCUUUCAAUAUUUUUAUAUUUUGUUACAUCGGUGAGAUUCUCACGGAACAGUGCAAAAAUGUUGGUGAAAAGGCAUAUAUGAUUAAUUGGUACGAUUUACCGCACAAAACUGCUCUUGGUCUCAUUUUGAUAAUAGCGCGAUCGAGUAAUGUUAUCAAAAUUACUGCUGGUAAAUUAUUUCAAUUGUCUGUCGCAACUUUUGGUGAUGUAAUUAAGACUUCUAUGGUAUAUUUAAAUAUAUUAAGAACGAUGACUCCUGCCACGUGAGCUACGUUAAAUUGAUAAACGUGUGUCAUGAAUAUAUUUUGUAUAGAACAGAUGUGACA